UUCUUACUUCGCGACACUUGGGUUGUUUCGGUGAAGAUUUCGAUGUUUGAGUAUUUUUGUUUUUGGGUGGAUCGGAGAGUUUUGUUUUGUUUUUUUGGUUUGGUUGGACCUCUGUAUCGGCGGUUAAUAUUAUGAAUGUAGGCCACGGCGCUUGUUGGCCGUGCCGGGGUCGAUGAUCGCGGAGUACUGCCCUCCACAGAGUGCGCUCAGCUCCGCCGGUCUCGGGCUUUGCUCGCGGUGAGUUCACUGGAAACACUGUUCCUGUCUGCUCGAAACACACAUCAUCCUGCAUGCUAGUGUAAUAAAUCGGGGAAAAUUGCUCAAAGUCUCGGCCACGAUCAAGGUGAUUUCGAGCCCUGCUUCGUCAAAGACGGCGAAGAAGAAAAAUUCAUGAAUUCUGUCGGAUCGACCUCUGGAGCAUUUUGACGAUUUGCGAAAGGCGGCCGCAUCGUUGUUUUUUUCAACCGACAGAUUGUGAUGAGAGAAACAACGGAACCGGUUCAAAGAAGACACAGUAUGAAGCGCUGUUCAGUCGAUAUUGAGUUCCCAAACGGGACCUGUCUGGAUUCCAAAUCACCAAAGAUGGAUAUUAUCUGCAAUAACAAUAACAACAACGAGCCUGUUUUCAAGAAGCUCCCUCCCACCAAACGCUGGAGCGGUUUGUAUAAAGGGGGCGAGGAGCGCCUGGCUAUGUCCCCGCUGUCCAAGAGUCCCGGAAGAGAUGAGGUGUUCAUCUGCGAGGAUUCGGUCAUGGAUGGGAUCACCAUGCACUGCCGCCCACCCCUACCCCCGCCACCAUUACUGAUGGUGUCCAAUUUGAUCCCACCGUCCCCAUGCCAGACCAUCGCAUGCACAACCUCAGACAGUGGGUUUCUCCUGAAGACCAAACGCCCCUCACUUGGGGGUAUGGACUCACCCAUGUGUGCCAUCAGCCCCUUCUCCGUCCUCUCCUCGCCCAGCUGCCAGCCCUCCCCCUCCCCCAGUCUUCCCACGCCAGGUGCAUUCCUCCCGCCGUCGUUGCCCAGUGGCAACUUCCUGUUCCCGCCGUUCACUGCCGGCAUCCCGUUCUCCUCGGCCGCCUCCUCGCGUUUCCCGUUCCCGCCGCAACUGCCGUUCCACCAGGCCCCCCAGUUCCUGCGGGAGGGAGAACUCAAGCUGCGCUCGCAGUCAGAGAGCGCCGUCUCAGGUUUGGACAGUCAGGGGCACAGCGAGGAGAGCAACUCGGACGAGGAUGACUCGCUGAUGCUCUGCAGCAUCUGCUGCGACAAGGCCACAGGCUUGCACUACGGCAUCAUUACCUGCGAGGGUUGCAAGGGGUUCUUCAAGAGGACAGUCCAGAACAAACGGGUGUACACUUGCGUCGGCAGCGGGAACUGUGAAGUCACAAAGGCGCAGCGGAAUCGCUGCCAGUUCUGCAGGUUUCAGAAAUGCUUACAGAUGGGCAUGAUGCUUGAAGCUGUUCGAGAGGACCGAAUGCCCGGGGGUCGAAACACAGGACUUUCAUACAAGUGCAAACCCAAGAACUACGACAAACUCCGGAAAAAGUUCCAGCAGAUUGCCCAGCAGAAGGCCCAGCUGAGCCGCAAAAACCGGGCUGACAAGCAAGCCCUGAAGGCUGCCAGGGAAACCCUCAAAUCCGAGAAGGACCAGAAGUCUAAGACUCUGACACAAAGCCCCUCCGAGAACAGCAACAGUAGUAGUAGUAGUAACAGCGGCGGAGGCAGGGACAAGCAUCAAUCGCAACUCGACGUCCGGCAACUCCGGCCGCAGACGGCGCAGCUGAUUGAGGUCCUCCAACAAACGGAAUCAGCGGUCCUCAAAAUGUCCACCAAAGAGAACACCGGCAAAAACGGCCAUCCCCCUAGCGCCCCAAACCCAGGACUGCCUGGACUGGACGAGUUCACUCACCAGCAGUGCUCCUUAGGUGACUCCCUAGUCUUCAACCUGGUCCAGUGGGUCAAACACCUGCCUUUCUUCACCCAGCUGUCCCCCGUGGAGCACACCUACAUGCUCAAGACCAAAUGGGUGGAACUCUUGAUUCUGUGCACGGUGGCCCGGGCCAUGUACUUCAAACAGAACAGCGGGGAGAAAGUGCUGGGUUUUGAGCACUGCGUACACCAGAACUUGCUGACGUUGCAGGAGUGCAUGAACAAGACCAUGGACCUCAAGCUGGACAUGGGCGUGUUCCGUGAGGAGAUGGGGGAGGCGGUAGAGGAACUGACACGGCUGGCCGCGUCCUUCCGCACACUCAACAUCUCCCGCAACGAGUACCUCUUGCUGAAAGUCAUCGUCCUGCUCAAUCUCAAAAAUGGUGCCAGUAACGAUUUGGUCCGACAGGUCCAGCAUCCUUACGUCUUGGCCCUUCGCGACUUUGUUGAAGUCAACCACCAUAAGAGUCGCUUCGAGGAACUGAUGAGCCAACUGCCCGAACUGCGCAAGUGCUCCGAACUCCUCUGCAAGUGCAAACUCCUGUACAUGCCCUACCUGCUCAACGCAGUGGCUAUGGCUAAGUCCUGAGGCAUGCUGGGAUAUUACCCCCACCCCCGUGCUCGGAUUUCCCCUUCCGUGCUGAGAUUACCCUCCGAUGCAAUGCACAUGCUCAGUUAUGAGUACAUGUAUAUUUUUUGUGUGUAAAAAUAGUAGAUCCCAAAAUUUUUAAUCUCAUUUUGCUUGAGUGUAACUUGAGCAGAUUUUUCCUAACAGGUUUUGGAAGAUCCGUCGUGAUAUUCUCGUGAAUUUGUUCUGGGUGUGUUACAGGGCGCCCUUCUGGUCUGGUACCAAGGCCGUGAUACUACAAAUUUCUGAAGCUAAGCGUCAGUCAAAUUUGGAGAUGUUGCGAUUUCAAUUUUUGGUAUCUUUUGUCAAGAACAAGUGCGCACUGUGUCAAAGACCACAGUACAAACAAUGUACAAGUACACCUUUCUCCGUGUUCCACAUUUAACGUAUUCCUAAAACCUAAUAAAAUUAAAAAAAAUAAGUAAGAAAAAUGAAUUAAACAAAAAUUACCAAAAGUUCAUUUUAAUAAAUAUACCAAAAACUCAAUUUUUAAAUUAAAGAGUAGUUUUUCUCUCUUGUUUUUGUGUGAAAAACCUUGUGCAUUAUUAUUGUACAUAGUGUAUUACAUGUAUAAAUAUCAGUGUCAAAACACUGGGUUGGAAUAAAGAGAAAAUGUUCUGUAAAUAAUAUAGAGUUUAAGCAAAAACCUGACCUCCGACUUUAUAAAAGAAAAUGCCCCUCUCAUGGUUAUUUUUUUUUAGCAGAAAGAAAGAAAUGUUUUAAAAAGACAGCUGAAUUGAUCAACAUGUGCUAGAUAAUGUAAACAGGGCUGCUGUGAUCAUAGUACAAGCAGUCAUGCCCCCCAAUAAACCAGUUUGUUCUAAAGUAAUAGUUACAUUUCCAGUUGCCCUGACAAAUCCUACUUACAUACACUCUCAUUAUAUUAAACAGAACAAGGGACAUGUGAACGUGGGUAAAGUUUUUUUUGUUAGGCAAAUUAGGACCGAGUUAUGGGGACUUUCUGCUGUGCCCACAGCAUUUUCGAUCCCCACAAAUACCUUGCACAGACAAGUGUAUGUCCCCACAACUACGGAACAAGAUUGUACGUUUUUGUGGUUAUCACACAAAGUUCAUUUUGUAACAUUAUUAUAUCAUUUGACAAUCCCUCAAAUUUUGCAAGUUUUUUUUGUGAAAAUAAAAAAAAUUGAAAAAAAAAUGCUGGUACCUAUAAAUCAUUGGUCCCAUUCUUCCUGUGACCAUGUAUUUUGUGUUGCGUAAUGUGGCUAGAAGUAGAGCACUUUUGAUGUGUUUCGCUGAGCGCUAGUCAAGGUUAUUGUACCAGGUUGUUACUAGCACAUGUUGAUUAUUGCCUUGUCGUCAUCCACGAUUCCACCGAAAAACAUUCUGUAAAUAUUUCACUUUAAUUGUGUGUUUUUUUAAAAGUAUUUCACACAAGCACACACGCUAGCCAAAGAUAAAAUUUUGGCGGUCACUAUUAAAAAACAAAGUCAUAUAUAUAUAUAAAUAUAUUUAUAUAUUUUUGAUCCUGUUGCGUGGUAGAAAAGAUAUGGGAACGGUUCUUUGUAGUUGGAAGCUUAGAUUGGAUGUGUUUCGUAUCUUUGAGGAUGUAUAAUCUGAUUUGAACCCACCGAUUUUUCAUCCAUUUCUUGCAAAAAGAGAGAUUUUGAGAAACCGACAAUAUGCCUUUUAUCUGCUUGAGUUGUGAAUUGUGUUUUUAUAAAGUGUUUAUGGUCCGGCGGGUGUCAAAUUGUGUAACAUUUUAACGUCACAAUCUUCUAGUGCUGUUGUCAUUUGGUUCACGUUGUAGAAUGGUGUUAAAAUAUAAUGUCAAUUUUUAGAGGUUUUUUUUGUACGGAAAUGAGGAAGUUUAUGAAUGGUUGUUUUAGCUGGAGAAUUUAGAAUUGUGUCUUGUAAGGAAUGGUUUCAGAUGUUCAGAAGAGGAUAUUUUAAUCAUUUUUGUUUGUGUGUGUGGGAUAUCAAACUAAAAAAAAAAAAAACCACCGACAGUAUUUCGCCUGUACAUAUUACCAUCAAAGAAAAGAAAGUCAUGCAUUUGUAUAAUUGUCCUCUGGAAAAUAAUCUUGUGGAGGGAAAAAACAGGGACUCUUGUUUGUAAAUGUUUCGGAGCUGGUCUCCAAUAUUUAACAUGGUCACUGAGGAUUUGGAAAAGAAAAGAAAACUACCAAAAAAAAAAAAUAUAAAAAAAAAAAUUAAAAAAUGGGUGUCUUCAGCAUUUUUUGUGUAUGUUUGUAGAUUGUGUUGUACAGAAAAAAAAUUGUGUUGGUGUUUUUCAAUCAUUUAAAUGAUUGUUUUUGGAGUGCUUUCUUGUCUUAAGAGGGUUAUACAAAUUAAUAUAUAUAUUAUAAGAAAAAUUAUCUGGUGUAGGUGUCUGUUUUAAUUAACUUAUGAGCAAUGUUUUAUGGGCUGUACGUAGGAUGUUCUACAUUUCAAAUGAAGUUUCUUUGUUUAAUAUCUGACAUGACACAUUUUUGUCAAUGAAUCUUUUUAUUCUUAAUUUCAAAUCUUUAAUUCUCAUGGAACAGCCAAGUACAUCAUGGAUGAUCUUGCAAUUUUGGAACUCGGUCGAAGUUAGGGCUAAAAAUGUAUUAUUCGUUUGCGUCACUGUGAAAAAUGAAGUUACCUAAUACUUACAGGGUAGUGCCGCUAGUGCGUGUGGUUGGAUCCUUUUUUGAGCCCCCAAAAUAUGGGGAUAAGCGUAUUUUGUUCAUGUGUUUCUGUUGGACAGAUCAGCAAGAAUCCUGACUUCAAGACUGCAAAUUUUAAUACUAACCACAUUACGUAACUCUCACGUUUUUAUCUCAAAACAUUUUCAUAUUUCUCCCUCCAAUUUAAGGUUUUACAAUGCUAAAAUUGGAUUUCUUAACAUUUGAAAGGUAAAAACCAAGGAUGAGAUCAAGACAAAUGUUCUCGUCUCAUUCCCUAGAAAAUAAUUCCAGGGAAAGUGACAAGAAUUUUUUUCCUUCAGGAAACAAGCAAUAUUUUCUAUUAAGGAAUUAAAGAAAAUCAGUUUUUGCAGGAAAUAGAUCAGCCUUGCACGGUGGAGUAACUGAAUUCUCUUUUGUUCACAGUGUGAUCUUGGAUAAUUAUUUACACCAAGGUUUAAUGUAACAAAGAAAAUAUAGUUGAUACCCUGUGUGAUAUGAGUGUCACUUUAACAUCACUUUAAGUGUCAGAUUUGGAUCACAAUUCAACACAGUUUUGAUGGAUUUUGUCAAAAACGGACUCUUCUGGGCAACUGGUAAUUUGAGAAAAAAAAAUUCAAUACCGUUAAUAAAUACAUGUAGAUCUUCUGCUUUACAAAUGAUACUUUAAUUUUUGAAAACGGAAAUUCCGUGGCGAAAUUAUGCUGUUAAAAAUUGGUAAAUUUCUGUGAGGUAGCAUUAACGAGAGAGUUUCUUGAACUGAUACAUCAUUACCCAAAAACACUUAUGAGAAAAAAAAACUUCUUUGGGGCAAAAUUGUGCUCCCAAAUUUUAGACAAGUUUUGAGAUCACAAAUUUGCAAAACACGCAGAAUUUAUCCCAGACUGUUUUUUGGGGGGGUUGUAUCUCCAAAAUUCUCCGUUUCAAACUCUGGCCAGAAGCGUCCAGUUUUGACAGAACACGUCGCAGACAGUAACGUUGCACAAACCUUUAUGUUUUCAAAAGCCUUCAUUGUAAGACUGUCUGGACUGUGUCCAAACUACGCUGAAUUCUUGUACUGAUUUGAAACAAAUUUCUUCCAUUCAAAAAUCCUAUCGGAUUAAAAAAAAUCUAUCAAACCCACCUUUUCCUCAUCCCACCGUUGAGAACAGAGAUAUUCUCUUUGGAAGAAGCAAUUUGGGUUUUUUUUCUUCGUGGUGUGUGUACUUUACAUCUCAUUUAUAAUUGUAAAGCCCAUGAUAGUCCCACCUGUGUUUUAAGUUUCCCGGUGCUGUGUAACAUAUUAAGAGUCUUCUACAUUGUAUGCACUGUGUGGUCAUGUCAAGAAUACAAUAAAAGAAAAAUUAUGUGCAAA